GAAUAGGCAGGAGGCGGUCGUGUGGACGCCCCAGCAAGCCGCCAUGAAGCUCAACGUGGACGGGCUGCUGGUCUAUUUCCCGUACGACUACAUCUACCCGGAGCAGUUCUCCUACAUGCUGGAGCUGAAGCGCACUCUGGACGCCAAGGGUCAUGGAGUCCUGGAGAUGCCCUCGGGCACCGGGAAGACAGUGUCCCUGCUGGCCCUGAUCGUGGCCUACCAGAGGGCUUUUCCACUGGAGGUGACCAAACUUAUCUACUGCUCACGGACAGUGCCAGAGAUUGAGAAGGUCAUAGAAGAGCUUCGCAAGCUGCUCAGCUUCUAUGAGCAUCAGGAGGGCGAGAAGCUGCCCUUCUUGGGACUGGCUCUGAGCUCGAGAAAGAACCUGUGCAUUCAUCCCGAGGUGACGCCACUGCGCUUUGGGAAGGACGUGGAUGGCAAGUGCCACAGCCUCACAGCCUCAUACGUGCGGGCACAGUACCAGCAGGACGCUAGCCUGCCUCACUGCCGCUUCUAUGAGGAAUUUGACACCCAUGGACGCCAGGUGCCCCUCGCUGCAGGCAUCUACAACCUGGACGACCUGAAGGCUCUGGGGCAGCGGCAGGGCUGGUGCCCCUACUUCCUGGCUCGAUACUCGAUCCUGCAUGCCAACGUGGUGGUUUACAGCUACCACUACCUCCUGGACCCCAAGAUUGCAGACCUGGUGUCCAAGGAGCUGGCCCGCAAGGCUGUGGUGGUCUUCGAUGAAGCCCACAACAUCGACAAUGUCUGCAUUGACUCCAUGAGUGUCAACCUCACCCGCAGGACUCUGGACCGCUGCCAGAGCAACUUAGACACCCUGCAGAAGACCGUGCUCAGGAUCAAGGAGACCGAUGAGCAGCGGCUGCGGGAUGAGUACCGGCGCCUGGUGGAGGGGCUGCGGGAGGCCAGUGCUGCACGGGAGACGGAUGCCCACCUGGCCAACCCUGUGCUGCCUGACGAAAUACUGCAGGAGGCUGUGCCAGGCUCCAUCCGCACUGCUGAGCACUUCCUGGGCUUCCUGCGGCGGCUGCUGGAGUAUGUCAAGUGGCGGCUGCGUGUGCAGCAUGUGGUGCAGGAGAGCCCACCCGCCUUCCUGAGCGGCCUGGCCCAGCGUGUGUGCAUCCAGCGCAAACCCCUCAGGUUCUGUGCUGAGCGCCUCCGCUCCCUGCUGCAUACCCUGGAGAUUGCUGACCUGGCCGACUUCUCCCCGCUCACGCUCCUCGCCAACUUCGCCACUCUCGUCAGCACUUACGCCAAGGGCUUCACCAUUAUCAUCGAGCCCUUUGAUGACAGGACCCCCACCAUUGCCAACCCCAUCCUGCACUUCAGCUGUAUGGACGCCUCCUUGGCCAUCAAGCCUGUGUUUGAACGCUUCCAGUCUGUCAUCAUCACCUCUGGGACACUGUCCCCACUGGACAUCUACCCCAAGAUCCUGGACUUCCACCCUGUCACAAUGGCAACCUUCACCAUGACGCUAGCCCGAGUCUGCCUCUGCCCAAUGAUCAUUGGCCGUGGUAAUGACCAGGUGGCCAUCAGCUCCAAGUUUGAGACCAGGGAAGACAUUGCUGUAAUCCGCAACUAUGGCAACCUCCUGCUGGAGAUGUCUGCUGUGGUCCCCGACGGUAUUGUGGCCUUCUUCACCAGCUACCAAUACAUGGAAAGCACUGUGGCCUCCUGGUAUGAGCAGGGCAUCCUUGAGAACAUCCAGAGGAACAAGCUGCUCUUCAUUGAGACACAGGAUGGGGCAGAGACCAGUGUGGCCCUGGAGAAGUACCAAGAGGCAUGCGAAAACGGCCGUGGGGCCAUUCUGCUCUCAGUGGCUCGGGGCAAAGUGUCAGAAGGGAUCGACUUUGUGCACCACUACGGACGGGCUGUGAUCAUGUUUGGCGUCCCCUAUGUCUACACCCAGAGCCGAAUUCUCAAGGCCCGGCUAGAGUACCUGCGGGACCAGUUCCAGAUCCGAGAGAAUGACUUUCUCACCUUUGACGCUAUGCGCCAUGCAGCCCAGUGUGUGGGCCGUGCCAUCCGGGGCAAGACAGACUAUGGUCUUAUGGUCUUUGCUGACAAGCGGUUCGCUCGGGCCGACAAGCGUGGCAAGCUGCCUCGAUGGAUCCAGGAGCACCUGACUGACUCCAACCUCAACCUGACGGUGGACGAGGGUGUGCAGGUUGCCAAGUACUUCCUGCGGCAGAUGGCACAGCCCUUCCACCAGGAAGAUCAGCUGGGCCUGUCACUGCUCAGUCUGGAGCAGCUGCAGUCAGAGGAGACGCUACAGCGGAUCGAGCAGAUUGCACAGCAGCUCUGAGCACAGGACCGCCCUGACACCUGUGGCUCCCCGGGGUGCUGGAAGGUCCCCGACCCUCGGGCGAAUACCCAGUGCCGUGUGCAGCCUUUAAUUGCAGGGAGGGGACAGCAGGAUCCCGAUCCACAGGUGCCACCCAGGCCAGGUGCCCGAUAGCCACCCCCUUCCCGAUUCCUGAGCAGCGGUGGCCACUGCAGCCAGUCCACUUAGCGCGGGCUCAAGUCCUGGGUGCUGGCGCUGAGGGUCCGAGGGGCCUCACUCAAGUGCCGCGUUGAGAGCUGGGGGCAGGCAUAGGAGUGGUUGGAGUUCUUCCCAGUUGACACUGGGGCCAUGUCAUCUCCUACCCGCCCACGCACCCCUAUCUUGAGUCCCCAGGAGGAAGCCCACCUCUCCUGUGUUGCUGAGCCCGCCAGCAGCACCCCGCUCCAUCACUGGCCCCUCACCUGCGUCCUGGCAGCCUUUGGACCAUCCAUGUUCAGCAUGUUGAGUGAUACGGCUCUUUUCAUCCUUCAGAGGGGGACAGGAGGGAGUGAGGAAGGACGGCAGCAGGGCCCUGGCUCUGACUGACGUCAUGGACAUAGGCACCAGGAAGGUGGAUGGCUGUUGGCCUCGACCAGCACUCACCCUGCAGCCCCUGCCAUGCCCUCCCCUCGGAGGCGGGAGACCAGCUUCUCGCUACCCCGCCGGAUGGACUCCCGGAACUUGGAGAAGGAGCUGCUCCUACGCAGGACCUGCGGAGGGCACAGUGACAUGUGGGGACAUGGUGGGGCCCACCCAGACCAGGCCCAACAAGGACCCAAGGUGGAGCCUGCUUACCUGCUGCUGUGCGUCACCAGCUGUGCCUACAUGGGGGGCUCCUGUGGAAUAGAGGGACACCGAGGUAGGAGUGACCAACGCCACCCAGGAGGUGGGCAGGAGGAAGUAGGAGAUGGGCUCACCAAGUGGGGCGGGCAGAGCCUCCUGGCUGAGGAUCUCCUUGUACAACUCCUCUGCCUGCUGGUACUUGUUCUGUUUCAGGUAGGCCGAGGCCUGCAGGGAGGGCAGGGGCAGGGCGUGGGCAUCUCGCUUAGGCCUGGGAACUUCUCAGACCCGCCCACCUUCCCCAGCAUCCUGCCUUAGCUGACUAGUGCAGACCCACCAUCCCAGAAAACCAGGUUCCACCUUGUGCCUCGGACUCCUACCUCAAUGCCUGAAGUGUCAGGGGGCAUUUGCUGUGACAAUAAAGCCUGACAUGCUACUGUAA